AUGUGGCCGAGGAAUGUCGCGGACGACACGACACCGAACUUCGCUCAUGCACUUUCCAACCCAUCAGAUCCACCAUUGCCUCCACGAUAUGCCCAGUGUCCUCCAUCCAAGCCGUUGACCCCCGAGUCUGUCUCCAGUCAUCAAGCGCCGCCAACAGCUGAAGAUGUACCAAACUCGGAACCAUAUUCCUUUGAAUGGGCUAUGGAUCCAUAUAAUCCAGACAAAUUCCUGCAUCCUCCCAAAUACACCAAGCAAAAUCUCAUGUGGGCAGUCGAGUUUCAGAUUCUGAGUUCCGAAGAGUUCCAUCCGACAGUCAUCUUCACUGCAAGGCUCCACCCAGAAUACAAAGAAAGAAUCGGUCUGGCAACUGAGCGGCUAACAACAAACGAAUGGGCACGCGUGGUGAUGUAUAUUCCAGAUCCCGGCCUACCUGUGGCACUGUGUCGUCAUCAGGGGCUUGUCGCUGUUUUCAAGGAAGAGGAUAUGGCGAAUGUUCCUCUUGGACCUUUUGAAUAUAGAGUGCUCUAUGGUGAUGGCCAUAGUCGCCGGGCUCAGGUGCAGAACAUCACUGCUGCAGAAUUGGGCGACCAGCCAGCAAAAAGGGAUAGAGGAUGGAGGGGGAAAGCUGAUGUUAAACACAAGGAUUAUUCCAUGUUCCAAUGGCAGAGUCGUACUCCAGCACCUGAAGGUUGA